UUGCUUCUUCUUCGGCACCCAUCACCAUGGCUUCACCAUCCCAAAUCAUUAGUAUUACUCUCCUACUCCUACUCCUCCUGGGUGCUUUUGCCAAAGCCCGUGACCCGUUCGCUUGCGACCCAAAAGACGCGACGACAUCGAACUUCCCAUUUUGCAAGGUCUCAAUGCCGAUAUCCAAUAGGGUCAAGGACCUUCUGGGGAGGUUGAAGUUGCAAGAGAAGGUUAGGCUGUUGAUGAACAAUGCGGCAGCCGUUCCACGUCUGGGGAUCAAAGGGUACGAGUGGUGGUCUGAGGCUCUUCACGGGGUCUCCAAUGUCGGACCCGGAACAAAGUUCGGCGGCGCCUUCCCUGGUGCCACCAGCUUCCCUCAAGUAAUCACGACCGCCGCUUCUUUCAAUGCAACAUUAUGGGAAGCCAUCGGACGGGUAGUGUCAGAUGAGGCAAGGGCGAUGUACAACGGAGGAGCAGCGGGGCUAACAUACUGGAGCCCAAACGUGAAUAUUUUCAGAGACCCACGGUGGGGACGGGGACAAGAGACUCCCGGUGAAGAUCCGGUGGUGAUCGGAACAUAUGCAGCGAGCUACGUGAAAGGCUUACAAGGAAACAACGGCGAUCGGUUGAAGGUGGCGGCUUGUUGUAAGCACUUCACGGCGUAUGACCUGGAUAACUGGAAUGGAGUCGACAGGUUUCACUUUAAUGCCAAGGUAAGCAAGCAGGACAUGGAGGACACAUUCGACGUGCCGUUCAAAAUGUGUGUGCAGGACGGCAAUGUAGCCAGUGUUAUGUGCUCUUACAAUCAAGUCAAUGGUGUCCCCACCUGUGCCGACCCUAAUCUCCUCAAGAAGACUGUACGAGGUCAAUGGAAUCUCAAUGGGUACAUUGUUUCAGAUUGUGAUUCGGUCGGGGUGUUUUAUAAUACCCAACAUUACACAUCAACACCAGAAGAAGCAGCUGCAGAUGCCAUUAAAGCAGGUUUAGAUUUGGACUGUGGACCUUUCUUGGCGCAAUACACUGAAAAUGCAGUAACGAAAGGAUUGUUGAAUGAGGUUGAUGUUAACAGUGCCUUGGUAAACACGCUAACAGUCCAAAUGAGACUAGGCAUGUUUGACGGCGAGCCAUCCGAACAAUCGUUCGGGAACUUGGGGCCAAAAGAUGUGUGUGCCCCUGCUCACCAACAGCUCGCCCUCGAAGCUGCAAGACAAGGCAUUGUUCUGCUUAAAAAUCGUGGCCCUUCAUUGCCUUUAUCCCACUUACGCCAUCGCACCGUUGCUGUCAUCGGACCUAACUCUAACGCCACCGUUACCAUGAUCGGAAACUAUGCCGGUGUUGCAUGUGGUUACACAUCUCCUUUGCAAGGAGUUGGGAAUUAUGCGAAGACGAUUCAUCAAAUGGGAUGCGCCGACGUAGCUUGCGUGGAUGACAAGUUAUUUAGCGGGGCAAUCGAUGCUGCCCGUCAAGCGGAUGCGACGGUACUAGUAAUGGGACUUGACCAAUCAAUGGAAGCAGAGUUCAAAGACAGAACAGAGUUGCUUUUGCCCGGUCGCCAACAGGAACUUAUUUCUAAAGUGGCAAUGGCGUCCAAGGGUCCAACCAUACUAGUUUUGAUGUCCGGUGGCCCUAUCGAUGUCUCUUUCGCUAACAAUGACCCACGUAUUGGUUCCAUUUUGUGGGCUGGAUACCCUGGCCAAGCUGGAGGAGCCGCCAUAGCCGAUGUAUUAUACGGUACAACCAAGCCAGAAGGCAAGCUGCCAAUGACAUGGUACCCACAAGGUUAUGUCUCAAAUAUUCUAAUGACCGACAUGGCAAUGCGUUCGAGCCCAAACCGAAACUACCCCGGAAGAACCUAUAGGUUCUACAAAGGUCCAGUAGUGUACCCAUUUGGUCACGGAUUGAGUUACACCAACUUCGUUCAUACCAUUGCUAGUGCACCCACCGUUGUCUCCGUCCCUCUCGAUGGCCACCAUCAUUCCGGAAAUGCAACUGUUUCAGGAAAGUCAAUAAAAGUUAAUCAUGCAAAAUGCAACAAGCUCUCUGUAGGGCUUCAAGUAGAUGUCAAAAAUACGGGUUCCGAGGACGGUACUCACACGAUGCUAGUAUUCUGGAUGCCACCGGCCGGGCAUUGGGCUCCACAUAAGCAGCUGGUAGCCUUUGCGAAAGUCCAUGUUAAAGCGGGGUCUCAACAACGGGUGGGAAUCAAUAUUCAUGUGUGCAAGUUUCUUAGUGUCGUGGACCGGUCCGGGGUUCGAAGAAUUCCGAUAGGCAUUCACGAUCUCCAUAUCGAUGGCGUUAAGCAUUCGUUAUCCCUCCAGGCUGCAACAUUAGGGGUUAUCAAAACCUAGGCAUGCCAUUUCUAAAUAAGGCCAAAUUCAACCCUUGGAAGAAAUUUCAAGUGUUAAAAUUACUUCCAUUGUAGUCGAAGAUUAAUAUUGGUUCAUA